UGCUCACAGGGGGAAAUGGGCACUUUUCGGGCAGAUUUAAGUAUUAAAUGCAGUAACUACAUCCCUAACAGCCCACUCCUGCCAACACUUGCCGACAGCAGCCACAUCCGACGCCGGGGCAAGUGCCAAGCACGUGGCUCUUCCCUGGGCAUCGCCCCCGAAAGGCACCGAUUGCGACACGGGCACAGAUCCGGCAGCCCUGGGGACAUCCUGUCCCCUCCCAGCAGAGCUGCAGGAGCCAGGAGAGGCCGUGUGUGCAGGGCUGUGCUCGGACAGCGUGCUCGGACAGCCAUGGCCUCGGCCGGCACCGCGCUGCUGCUGCUGAGCCUCGCUGCCCUGCUGCCCGCGGAUGCGGAGCCCUGCGGAGCCCAGCGCCCCGACAGCUCCACGGCAUCCAAGCUGCUGGGGACGUGGCUGUACCUGGCAGGGGCUGCCCAGUUCCCCCAGCACCAAGUGGAGAUGCUGCUCAUCGAUCACGCCUUCCUGCGCUUGGAGCCCGGUGCCAGCGGGCAGCAGCUGCUCAUCAGCCACUACGUGGCCGUGGGUGACCAAUGUUUCACCAACAACCUCACCUACCUGGAGGUCAGUGUCGGUAACGCCACGCUGGUGAAGGACGCCAAGACCCAGCAAACUGAGGGGAUGCUGAUGAACAUGAGCUCUGAAAACCUUUUACUCAUCCAGUACCAAAUGCAGAAGGACAGGACGUAUUUGGGGCAGUAUCUCUAUGCCCGGAAUCUGAGCAUAAGCACAGCGGACCGGGAGGAAUUUGAGCACCACGUGGAGUGCCUGGGGCUGAGGGCAGAGCAGAUCGUGUACGCGCCUUGGAAAACGGAGGUGUGUCAAGUGAAAGCUGAAGGCAGCAGCAGCAGCCCACAGGCAGAGCCCGUGGCUGCAGUGACAGCAUCACCUGCCCCAGGUGCUCCCUGGCCUGGGAGCGCAGGGAACUGACCCCACACAGGGCAAUAAACGCUUUCUUCAUAUCAGA